AUGUUCACUUGUAAUACAUGCAACUUACAGUUUCCUGAAUCAAAUGACCAAAGAGUCCAUAUGAAAUCAGAUUGGCAUCGUUAUAACUUGAAAAGAAAAGUUGCACAAUUACCACCAAUUACUGAAGAUUUAUUCAAUACGAAAGUUGCUUCGAUGCAAUCACAGAAUGAAACAAAGGAGAAGACAACGACAAAGAAGGAGCAGAGGCGAAAAGAGAAAGAAGCUUUGUUGCAGCAAAAGAGAGCAAUUUUGGAGCAAGCAAGAAAAGCAAUGCUAGCUGAACAGGAGGCUAAAGAAGAAGAUCAAAAAGAUACAGUGAGCCUGCUGUUGACUGUGCCUGCCACAGAAGAUAAACCACAAGAUGAUGAAACAAACGAAGAGCAAGAGUUGACUCCCGAACAAGCAGAAGAAAAAGAAUUUCAAAAGAAGCUUUCCAAUAAAGUUGAAAUUCCACCAACAACUUGUUUAUUCUGUCACCCUAAAUUGAAGCAAGACUUUUCCACAAUUGAUGACAACACCGAACACAUGUUCAAACAGCAUGGUUUGUACAUUCCUGAAACGCAAUAUUUGGUGGACAAGAAAGGGUUGAUUGAAUACCUUGCGGAAAAGGUUGGAUUUGGAUUUUGCAUAGCUUGUAAUUAUCAAGGAAGAAAUACAGAAGCAGCUAGAGAGCACAUGCAGACAAAGAGACAUAUGAGGAUACCGUAUGAGACUGAGGAUGAAAAAUUGGAAAUUUCAAACUUUUAUGAUUUUUCAUCAACAUACGGUGAUGAAGGAGUUGAUGUCGUUGUUGAAGAGGGACAAGACGAAGAUGGUGAUUGGGAAGAUGUUAGUGGAGAUGAAGAAGGUGAUGAUAGUGACGAAGAGUUACCACCAUCUGACAGGGAUGCUAUUUAUCAAGAUGGAAAUGAAUUGGUACUCCCUUCGGGAGCUGUUGUUGGACAUCGUUCUAACGCAAGAUAUUAUAGACAAAAUCUUGCACCUGAAAGAAUCCUAUCUGAAGGCCAAGGAACCGUUAUUGCGGCAGAAACAAGACACAUGUUGACUUUACAAGAUAGAAAACAAUUGGCCAGUAAAAAGAGGACAUGGAGGAAUGAAAAGAAGAGAGAAGAUGUUAAUGAUAGAAGAGCUGCCAAAUUCAUCAAUAACCAACCCCAUUUUAGAGACCAGUUAUUACAGUAA